AUGGUGGCAUUGUCGGAACAGCCCCCCAGAAGUGUCGACGAGGAGCUGAGUAAAAAAUGCCAGAAGUGGAAUGAAUUGAACAUCCUGUUAACAUAUCGUCCAGCAGACAAAGACUAUGGUUUAAUGAAAAUAGAUGAACCAAGCCCUCCUUACCAUGCUAAGAAAUUAGCUGCUGCUGAAGGCUUGGAGCCAAAGUAUUGGGUUCAGGAGCAAGAAAGCAGUGGAGAGGAGGACCUCUUAGCUGAAGAAGGAGAAAAAAACAGACAAUUUGAAAUGAAAAGGAAGCUUCACUACAAUGAAGGACUCAAUGUCAAACUAGCUAGACAAUUAGUUUCAAAAGACCUACAAGAUGAUGACGAAGGUGAAGAAAUGUUAUAG